GGUGAACAAAACUCAACUCUACCCGGAAGCAACAACGAAUCGUACGAAUCGUUGUUGGAGACGUUUGCUUUUCCUUCCGCUUGAACCGUGAAAACAGUCCUGUAGGAGUAAUUCCCACACAGAAUUUGCGAGGGAAUCAAAGAUGGAGAGCAAAGGUCACCACGAUCACCCUAGAAGAAGAAGAAGAUCAGGGAUGACAAAUACAACCCAUUCCUCUUCUUCUUCUUCCAGAGAACCAUCGUCGUCCUCAUCCUCUUCCCUGCCGAAUGGUAAAUCCCAAUCCAAUCCCACCACAAGAGCGAGACCUUCAAACCCUAACCUCAGUAACAAUAUCAACAUCGGUCAUCAGGAUAAUUCUACUGUUCCACACCCGGAAAACAUAAAUACCCAACAACAAGAAGAACAAUAUGGGGAGGAGGAUAUGAGCAGAUCCUCAUCCUUAGUUGGAACUUGCCCUUUUAUGUGCCCCGUUGAGGAAAGGUUGCAACGUGAGCGGGUACGGGAUUUAUCUGUCUUUGAGAGGUUAAAUGGAAGUUACGGGAAAACAUCUUCUAGUCUAGCUGUCAAAAAGUUUUGCAGAACCAUAUCCACAAGAACCAUUCAAGCUUCGGAUGUGCGGCCUCUCCCAGUUCUCGAAGAAACUUUGAGCUACCUCUUAAACUUGUUGGAUUCUGAUGAACAUCCUUUUGAAGUGGUUCAUGACUUCAUCUUUGAUAGGACAAGGUCCAUAAGGCAAGAUCUCAGUAUGCAAAAUAUUAUCAACACGCGUGUAAUCCAGAUGUUUGAGAAAAUGGUUAAAUUUCAUGUUAUUUCCCACCACAAACUUCGAAGAUGUAGUGGCAGUCUAAAUAUUUCUUCAAUGCAUCACCUCAAUAUGGAGCAGCUGAUGAAGGUUUUGACUUCUCUAUUUCAUCUCUAUGAAGCAAAUCGGAAGUCCCAGUCCAUCUAUGAGAACGAAGCUGAAUUCCGUUCACUUUACGUGCUACUUCAUCUUAGUUCUGACAGCAAGCCAGCGGGGGAGCCACUGUCAUUAUGGUUUCGUCAUCUGUCUCCCAUUCUAAAAUCAAAGGAAAUGUGUUUCGCCCGAAGAGUGUUAAGCAGGUACUAUCGUUUUGGCAAUUACAAGCGCUUCAUCCAUAUUAUAGCAACUGAGGCAUCCUAUCUUCAGUAUUGCAUGGUUGAACCUUACAUAAAUGAGGUUCGAGCAUUGGCAGUGUCAUGCAUUAAUUAUGGAGGUUACAAGCUUUAUCCAUACCCAUUGGAAGACCUAUCAAAACUCUUGAUGAUGAAGGAAUCAGAUAUGGAUUCCUUCUGCCGUGAUUGUGGUCUUGAGACGUCCACAGAUGAAGUAGGGAAGAACUUCUUACCUACCAAGCAAACAAGUUUUUCCCGUCCAAAGGGAGGCGUUAACUACUGCCUAGUCGGUUCAGAAUUUGUUUAAGCUAAAAUAUGAUCACCGCCUGUUUCAGUGUAUACGCUGUCGGCUCCAAGCUCCCAUUUUUGACUAUGAUGAUGAUGAUGCUGUAUGUUUGUCUUUUGAAAUAGUUAAAAUCAGUCUGGCCCUGGGCUGCCAUUGUUUGUACUGCAUUUGAAAGGGUGCUGGUAGGUGCUCCUUCCACACUCCUCCCCUCGGAAUGGUGAAGUCAUCUGCUGUUCUCACAUGUUUUCAAAAAGAGUAAAAGGUGCAUGCGUCAAAGAUUGCUCUAGUUCAAGGAGGAGGAGCUGCGUCCCAGUGAGGGUGUUGGUAGCGACUGAAUAUCUUGUGGCAUCAACCAAAUCUCAGAAGCCAGAUUUGGAAUCCUCCGGUUGCUUCAAUUCAUUCUUAGCGAUCCUCUGUAUUAUGAUGUUAGUAUUUUAAUGUUCGUCAUAAAAUGAUAUUAGGAGGUUAGCGAACUCCUGUUGCUGUGGUACCAUCCGAGAUGUAAGACAUUAUCUAAACAUCCUGAAAGGUAGCACCCGACGGUUUCUUGUUAUGUGGCUUUUAUGGAUCUACGACCAUAUUAGACUAUUAGUGACGGAUUGUUGUGACAUAUUACAAUAGUGGGCAUGUUCAAUUUGAUCGCAUCUUUAAAAUC